AUGAGUUUCGGAGCCCCCGGCGGUGCAUCGGUAAACUACAAGCCAUCACCACCCGAACGUGGUAGUUUUCCUCUUGAUCACGAAGGAGAAUGCAAACACGUUAUCUCGGGAUAUUUGAAGUGCAUUAAGAUGAACAAAGGUACCAACGACGAAGCGUGUCGCAAGUUGGCCAAGGAAUACCUUGCCUGCCGAAUGGACAAGAACCUCAUGGCCCCGGAUAACUUCGAGAACCUCGGGUUGGUGUUCAAAGAUAGCGAAGGGAAAGGACAGACUUCAGCUACACCAGUUACAGGCAAAACCAAUCCAGAACAGAAGAGCUGA